AUAUAAAUUUUAUUCUCUUCAAACCCUUCUGGAACUUGAAUCCAGAAAAAACAGACAAAGCCUCGAUGGUCGCCAUGGUUUCUCCUUCUUCCCUUUUCCUCAUUCUCCUCUUCCUCUCCAUCCCUUUCUCGGAAUCUAACCUCACCAUUGACUAUUACAAGAACUCAUGCCCACAAUUGGAGAAUAUCAUUCGAGAAACGGUGACCAGCAAGUACAUCAGCGUCCCCGCCGCCGCCGCAGGUACCCUUCGUCUCUUCUUUCACGACUGUAUGGUUGGAGGCUGUGAUGCUUCGGUUCUUAUCUCCUCCAAUGCCUUCAACAAGGCCGAGCGUGACGCAGACAUCAACCUGGCUCUUCCAGGGGAUGCUUUUGAUGUCAUUGUACGCGCAAAGACAGCUCUGGAGCUGUCUUGCCCUGGCAUUGUCUCAUGCGCUGACAUUCUCGCCCUUGCCACACGCAACUUUGUCUCCAUGGCUGGCGGACCCGUCUAUACUGUUAUGCUAGGCCGCAAGGACAGCUUGGAGUCGAAUAUCUCUUCCGUCGAAGCCAACAUACCACGGGCCAACACGACCAUGGAUGAGAUCAUCAGGAUGUUUGAAUCCAAGAAUUUCACAGUUGGAGAAAUGGUUGCCCUUUCUGGUGCCCACACCAUCGGGUUCUCUCAUUGCAAAGAGUUCGCUUACAGGCUUUUCGGCUACAGCAGAAGUACCCCAACUGAUCCUAGUUAUCAUCCAAAGUUUUCUGCGGCUCUAAAGAAAUUGUGUGCAAAUUAUAAGAAUGAUAGUGAUAUGGCAGCUUUCAAUGAUCCCAUGACUCCAUCGAAGUUUGAUAACAUGUUUUACCAGAACUUGAAGAGAGGGAUGGGGCUAUUGGAAUCUGAUAAUGGGCUAUUGAGACACCCCAGAACCAGCCAUUUCGUGGAUUUAUAUGCUUUCAACCAGACUGCCUUUUCCAAUGAUUUUGCUCGAGCAAUCGAAAAGCUUAGCCUUUCUGGGAUUAAGACUGGAAACCAAGGAGAAGUGAGGCGGAAAUGCGAUGCUCUUAACACAUUUCAAACUUAAAAUUAUAAAUCAAUUCGGUUGGAUUUGUAUGUAUUUUAUAUAUUUUGGUACAGUUUGGGAAUAAUUGGAGAGGAGACAGGGAUUGUUAAAA